AUGUCGUUGAACGCACGUAUCCGUCCAAACAAAUUGCGAGGAGAGCAAGGACCAAAGAAGUUCUUACGGGAACUAACCAUCGGUGUCCUCGCCACCAGAGGACUAGUGCGCCAUCAGCCACUUGUGAACUGGCUAGGAGUACAAUCUCGCCUGGUCGUUGUAAAGGUGCACACUGCCAGGGUAGGCUUGAAUGUGUAG